AUGAGCCUCCUGCUGCUGGCCAUGGGGCUGACUCUGCUUGGCGGCCUCCAGGCCCUGCACAAGGGCCCUGGGGACCCCAACUUCGACGAGAAGCUGGUCAAGGGCAAAUGGUUCUCAGUAGCAAUGGCCUCCAACGAACCAAAAUUCAUAACGAAGGAUACGGACAUGAAGUUCUUCAUCCACAACAUCCAGGUGACCCCUAAGAGCCUGCAGUUGCACGUCCACAGAAAGGUAAAGGGUGUGUGUGUCCCGACUACAAUGACGGCGAAUAAAACCGGAAAGAAGUUUCAGUACACGGUGAACCAUUCCGGUCACAAGAAGAUCUUCUUGGAGAAAGUAGACCCCCAGCACUUCGCCAUAUUCUGCACCCACAGCGUGAAACACGGGAAGGAGAUGAUGGUGGUGAACCUCUUCAGCCGGACCCCUACUGUGAGCCCGGACGUCCUGUGGAUGUUUAGAAAAUACUGUAAAACCCAUGGGAUCCACUCGACCAACAUCGUUGACCUGACCCAGACUGAUCGCUGCCUCCACGCCCACCAGUGGCAGAAAGCACCUUUCCCCUGGCUGGACCACCUGGGCGGCCCUCACGCUGCCUGUCCUUUCCACGUUCUUUGCAGCAUCCAGCGCUGGUCCUCGGGCAGCCCCAACCACAGCACCCACUAUGUCCUACUUCCAGGCAACAGGCCCUUCUGGCGGAGGGAGACGGUCGCCUUGAGAACUCAGGAGGAGGUCACGCUGAAGCCACUCCAACCAACUCCCAAAACCAAGCCGGUCAUCACUGACGUGAAGGCUUCUGACUCGCUCCUGAACGCAGUUAAGGCCAACAACAGCGGGCCUGCGGUUCAAACAGGGCCGGGGCAGGAGGGUGGUGGUGGUGGGAAGACAGCUGUUCCCUGA